GCAUCAGUCGGCAGCGCUGCUGCUGCUGCUGCUGGAGCCGAGAAAGAAAACAGUAGCUGGGAGAGAAAGGGCAGAAGUUAGAUGGCGGUUUCCUUUAUCGCCGUGGUUCUGUGCUUACCAAACGCCAGUCAGCUGAGUCUGGAUCCGUAAAUCACAGUAUAAUUUGCUGUUUUACAUAUCCUGGAUUCGUCUUAAAACGAUCUGGGUCUUGCAGCUAUGAUGGAAGAAUCUGUGACCACCUUCGAGACCCACCUGACGGCUGUCAUGGACAGUCUCAUCCGAGCAUCCGUCUGCGAGAUCACCAAACUGUUCCAGGAGACGGUGAAUAACUACCUGGUGGAGCUGUCCCUCAAUCGGAAGGAGAAUGAUGCCCUCAAGCUACGUUUGAAGCUGACGGAGAAUAAACUGAGAACUGAACGCAAGUACGGAAUGGGCUGGGCUGCCAACCGCCGCAACGCCAGCUUGGCAGCUGCUGAGGAAGGAGGUAGAGGACGGCAGAAACGGAAAGUUGAGAUGUCCCGAGCCAAGACAAAAAAGGGCCCAGCAGCAGCCUAUAGCAAAUGCUGGCCUGGAGGUGUGUGGGAGGAAGGAGGAGGUGGUGGCAGUGGUGGGGGUGGAGGAAGUGGAGGAGCGUUGGGGAUGGUAUCAGGAAGAGGAGGGAAGGAGACCAGGGACAUGUACCUCAUCCAGUUCCCAGGGGAAGAAGAGGAUGAGGGAGAAAUGGCAGAGGAUGAAGAGGAGGAGGGAAGCCUCAGUGGUGAGGGGGAGGAGACGGCCAACAUCAAAGAGGAGUUUUCUGCAAUGGAUGGGUAUCAACCUGCGUCUCUCCGAUUAAUCAAAGAGGCUUUAAAAAUGGAUCCUCCCAAUCACAAUCCACACGCUGACUCCAAAGCUCAAAGUGAAGGUAACCUGUCAGAUCGUCCUCCGUCCCUGCAUCAUCCGGGACAGCGAGAGGAGCACUGGGAGGUUGGUGCAACGGAACCAUCAGAGGGGGGCAUGACCAUGGAUGAGCUGAGGGGGUUGGAGUCUGCGCUGAGGGCAGAGAGGGGCCGGGAUCAGACUGCCAUGAAGGUAUCCCGGCCUGUCAGCCCAGCCCCCGAGAUAGUGCAAAGCAGCGAGAUCAGGUUAAUCCCCAAGUACAUUGGUCUUGAUGGCCUGGAGCAGGAUGGGGAGAUGGAACCUCAGCCUCCAACCCUGCAGAGAGAGGACCAGGCAGCACAGGGCAGGAUCAAGGACAGUUUGAGAGUGGGCGGAGCAGAGCUGAGAUCAGGCUGGUCAAAGAGGUUGCGUGAGUGCGACUCGGCUGCGGUCGCGCCUGGAGCAGCUGCAGCAGUGGAGCAGGUGGAGCCAGAACAACCUCCUCACCUGUCUGCUCCAGGGAGCAUUGCAGAGAGCACGGGGGAAGAAGACGGCGGUGGAACCCUGCUCCAGUUCUGCCCCCAGUGUGGAGGAGGCUUUACUUCCGAAGCAGAGUUAGAUGAGCACCCCUGUCCACUAGGAGGCGCCCAUUUACAAAGCAGCGGAGGGGAGGGCGCAAUUUUCCCUUGUGCCUCUUGUGGUAACACAUUCAGCCAUGCCUGGGCCCUUAAGAACCAUGAGUGUGCCUGCGCUGCCGAGCGGCCGCACUGCUGUGAAAUCUGCGGGAAACGCUUCACGCAUUCACGCUCCCUGGAGCGCCAUCAUCUGGUGCACACCGGCGAGAGGCCGCACCGGUGUGCACAGUGUGGCCGCAGUUUCAGUCGUCUGGGUAACUUGGAGCGUCACCAGCGUAUCCACACGGGCGAACGGCCGUACGGGUGCGAUGCGUGCGGGAAACGGUUCAGUCGGGUGGAGUACUUAAAGAGACACCAACUCAUCCACAGCAGCGAAAAGGCAGUGCUUCAGUGCUCCAACUGCGGAAGGAGCUUCAGCGACGUGGAGCAGCUGAAAAACCACCAGUGUUUUUAAAACGAAGGAAAGGAGCCGCCGAAGCCGCAAAUCAGCUGAAUGUGACAGAAUAGUCACGAUGAAUGUGUCCGGUAAAUGCUUGCCUUUUUCUCAGCGAGUUUGGAUUUGCCUUUCUUACACUUUCUUCAAGGAUCAAAACCUAAUCUGACUCUCAAAUAAAGGAGCAGAUGCAUUUGUGAAUAAUUUUCUUGGAGUUAAAAUUUUUUUUUGGCAUUUGCGUGCUUGUCUGGAAAAGAAAUAAAACAAAAUAUGCGGCCAUUUACCUGGAGUUUUUCUCAGAUAUAAAUCUUUUACUUAUUUAUGAUGCACAAUGAAUAUACAUUUUU